AUGUCCACAAAUCAAGAUAUAAUACAAACAGCUGAUCAACGCAACGAUGAUCAACAACAUCAACGCCAUACAGCUACCACUCGAACAAAACAAUACAGAAAACAAAGAUCAUUGUAUGAUUCUUCUGAUCGAACUCGAUCGAUAGGUCGAGUAUUAAAGAAAAAAGAGUUGGUUGGUGAUAAGAUGUAUGAUUAUUACGACGAAGAAUCAGAUAAUUUCUGGUGGAAUCAUCCAAGCUACUGGUGGAAUAUAACCCGGCCGAGUGAUGAAAUAAUGGAUGCUAUUACUACGAAAGACGUGGAUUAUCUUUCUCUGCUAAUGAACCAGCUAAAAGGAAAUCAAUGUGACCGAACUAAAAACAAGAAACGUUUCCCAGAUACGAUACUAACUCGCGCCAUCAAAAGUAAAGAUUCUGCAUGUAUUCGAUUAAUAUUAGAUACUAUUUAUCGUGGUUACAUCUAUCCAACAAUCAUAGAUCAUGUCUGUGAUGAUGGUCGAACAGCACUUUGGCAUGCUUGUAAAAAUGGUGAUUUCGAUCUUGUUCAAGAACUCAUUGAAGAUGGACAUGCUACUAUUAAUAAAUGUGGAGUUUUAAUAGUUGCUGCUCAAAAUGGUCAUGAAAAAAUCGUCGAUUAUCUUUUAAGUAAAGGUUGUGAUCCUAAUCGAUAUACGAAAAAUUAUAAUGAAAGAGCAUUACAUGCCGCUUCUCGUCGAAAUCAUCUCGGCAUAGUCAAUGCACUUUUAAAAUAUGGCGCUGAUCCAACGAUAUUGGAUGAUAAUAAGAGAACUGCUCUAGAGUACGCUAUACAUAAAAGAUAUAAUAAAAUAGCCAAUAUUCUUAUCAAUCAUCAUGGUAAUCGUUUUGUUAUGAAUGGAACAGGUUUUACGCCUUUAAUGUUAGCAGCUUAUUGUAAUAAUACAUCUAUAGUGAAUACAUUUCUGAAUAUAUUACCUCGUCAACAAAUUCUAGACGAACUGGCACUAUUGGCUUGUAGAUAUACAAUUGAUGGUAAUGUAAACAAGCGAGAUCAGGCAUAUUGUUAUUUUGAAAAUGCUUUGAACAUGACAAAACCAUUAUGUAAAUGUAUGCCUCGUGAAGUUUUUGAAUAUCAUACCGAAUGUCAAACACUUGAUGAACUUGCUCGUAUACGAGACGAUGAUGAUAGAAUGAGAAUGCAUGCAUUACUUGUUAGUGAACGACUUUUAAUUACAAAUGGUCAUAUCAAUCAUUUUGUUUUACUUCUUAUUAAACAAACUAAUGUUUACCAAUUUCAGGAAAGAUAUCAUCGUUGUCUUCAGUUACGUUUGUAUACUUAUCAAUUGAUAAUUGAAACAAAACAUAAAGAAUGGAAUACUGAUAAAUUUCAUAAAGAAUAUCUUUUAAAAAUCUUGUAUAUUUUAUUUAAAAUAUUGCAUAAAGAAGAUACUGUACCUUCCAAUUCGUUAGAACUUGUUUGGACAUGGACAAAGAAUAGGGCGGACAAAACGUUGUCUACUAUUCUGAUGAAACUUCUAUUUAUCGCUAUUUAUAUCACUGAAUCGAAGAAAGUAGAUCGCAAUGAACAGCGUAUCUUAUUAAGUUUUAUACGACGUGCUGUACAUCAAAAACUGAUCAUAGGACGUGGACACAUCUAUCCUCUUCUCAACUACUUUAUUCAUAAGAUUACGAUCGGUGAAUAUAAUUUUACAUGUAACUCUAUCAGGUAUGAUUCUCCUUAA